CUUGGAUCCUCCUUGUUGUCUCCCAUAAAUUUGAUUUGUAUAUAUAUAAAAGAAUGACUUUAUUUAUUGAUUAUUAACGGCUUACUCGCUGAGGAGCGUUCGAGUCAUUCUUUAAUUAUCUCAUCAAAAACAGCAAGUGUUUGACUUGAUAGUAGGAUCUUAUAACAAACGGCGAUAGAGAUCUGAUCUUGUCUACCCAACAGAGCAUGGCGGAGAUUCCUGGAGACUGGGAGAGUGAUAUAGAAUAUUCUUUACUACGCCAAGACACGAAGGAUAAGGCGAUGCGUGAUCAGAUAGUGCAAGUAGUACAUCGUGAAGGUCCUCAAAGAGUUCUGCUGGUCGGGAAAUCCGGAAUUGGUAAGACGCGGCUUGCGAAGAUGGUAAGCGAGCAUGAAACAUAUUGUGGCCAUUGUGAAACCAUCUGGUUGCACCUCAACAACAAGUUCGACGAUGAGUUGUCACUCUAUGAGAACAUAGCUUUCCAAAUUGGAGCGUCUAAUAGAGAUGAGAAUAAACCGGAAGACAUUUUAGAGGAUUUGAAGGAAAAGAUAAUUACAGCGCUCAGCAGAACCAAGGCCACAGCUGCUGAAAAAUUGACCAAGAAGUUCGCUAAAGCUGCCAUGGAGCCGUCGUAUCUAUUGUUGAUACUUGAUGACGAAGGAAACAAGACAAGUGAGAAUAAAGUGAUGGAGGAUUUCGGCCUUUACAAAUAUCUCCGAGAUCAUUUUGACGGAAAUCUUAAGGUUCUUAUUACGAGGAGAAAGGACGAUGAAAUCAAGUCCGAAGGCAUCACGGAGGAGCAGCAGGAGGCAAGGAGCGAUGAUCAAACUGAACCUCAUACUGCAUUGGACACAGAGAGGUUCCACACCACGGAUAUGUCAAAAACUUUACUCAAGACCCUUGAUAUGUUUCAUUUGAGGGAUUUGUUUCACUCCCUUCUCAAGGAUAAGACAAAGACUUUGCUUGAAACCCUCCAUUGGAAAAUUGAUGAGACAUUGGUGCAAAAAAGCACUAGCUUGCCUGCUGCAAUCGUUGUGCUAGCCAAGUCCUUAAACUGCAUCGUUCAUCAGAAAACUUUCACUAGUCUUUCUCCAAAACAAGUCCAGGCUUUUAAGGAUGUUUUAUCUCGCAAUGAGGCAGCCUCCGGAUAUAAUCCUAUUCUGCAACUUGCUUAUCGGCUGUUGGAAACAGAUGGUACGUUGAAGGAUGCGGUCGUUGAUUGUUUUUGGCAUAGCAUGGACUUUUUUAAUCACUGCAGCUGCAUUCAUUAUGGUGAACUGAUCACACAAUGGAUACUUGAAGGCUAUUUUGAUCCUGUUCGUUCUGUUAGCAAGGCCUAUAAUGAUGGGCAUGCUAUCCUGGUGGAGCUUAUAAACCGAGGUAUUCUCAAGACACAAGAGGGUGAUAUGGUUGUACCAGAGAUAGCAAUGAACAAUCUAAUCGAUCUUCGGCAUCAUGGGCUCUUAGGCAGAUCCCGGCUUCGAUUCUCUAGGGUUUAUGGCGGUGACAAGAACAAAGGUCUUGGGAAAACACGCCACAUAGAUGAUAUGAUAAAAACAGCGAGAGGAGAAAAUAUACGUACAAUCCUGGUGAGUGGAAACCGUCUGCGUCUUGAAACACCAGAGGAGUUCUUUGAGCAGCCGCAUAUGAAGGAUCUUGAAGUAGUUGGUCUUUUUGAUCCCACAAUGGAGUAUCUAAUCCAGUCUUUAAGAAAGCUCAAGCAGCUUCGAGUACUUGUGAUCAGGGACUACGAUCUACUGCCAAGUAUAGAGGAGCUUAAGGAUCUACGGAAGCUGGAGGUCCUUGAAGUUUCUGGCGCUAGCUCAGUGGAAACUAUCUCUGAUGACUUCUUUGAAGCAGUACCUCAGCUCCAAAGUCUUAACCUCUCUGGACUUCGGAUCAAAAACUCACCUUCCAGCAUUUCUCAACUCAAGCAUCUCCACAGUCUCAUCCUUAGGAAUUGCACUGAAUUGGAAGAUCUGCCAGACAUGCAGGAACUCGAGAAGCUCGAGGUUGUUGACUUCCGUGGUGCACACAACCUAAAAACCUGCUUCGGUACAAGAUUUGAUGCACGCAGAAACCAAACCUUUACUAGUCUUCGGCAGCUUCAGCUCCUUGACUUUUCAGAGAGCAAAAUAAAACGCAUUCCAAUGUUUCAUUACACAGCGGUGGUUGGCAAGCUUCACUCCUUGACACGCCUAUACUUGCAGAACUGUAGCAGUUUGGUAAAAUUGCCCAAUCUUAAACCUUUGUCGGGUCUCCAAAUUCUGGAUCUUUCUGGCACCACCAGUUUAGUGGAUAUUGCAGCAGUAUGCUUCGAGCAGAAAGAGGAACUCAAAGUUCUUAAUCUGUCGGGUACAAAUUUGACGGAACUGCCACCCACCAUCUCUGAGCUAUCCAACCUCACUCGACUCCUCCUACAGAAGAGCUACAACCUAGAAGCUAUCCCAAACAUCGAGAGACUCACAAGCCUUGAGGUCUUUGAUGUUUCCGGGUGCACUAAGUUGUAUACGAUUAAUGGAUCCUUUAAGGACAUGUCUUACCUUCGUGAAGUUAAUCUCUCUGGCACCAGGAUAGACGCCAUACCAGAGUUACCACAGGAGAGCAGUAUCUGGUGUUCGAAGCUCCUUGUUCUGGCAGAUUCAAGAAGAUUUGAAGAUUAUGAUAGUUGGGGACAAGUAAAGAAAGCCAUAAAAUAUGAGAUGUCUGAGAGUCUUACCUCAUGUGUUAUCGUCGAUAGAAUCCAAGAAUUCUCAAGAAACGCGUCUGAAAUAGUAGAAAAGAAACAGGUCAAUGAACCUUGGGCCUUUGACUGUCUUGGAAAGAAAGGACAUAUAUACAGGGAUGUCUAUACGUACACUAUACCGUUUGUUGAUUCCAAAAAUCAUCAGGAAAUCCUAGAGAUCCAUGGAUCUAAUGGCGUACACCAAGAUGAGGAAACCUUAGCUAAAUCUGAGUUCGUGGCUUUUGUGGACAACAGCGCCUCAAGUAUCUCAUCUAUGUUCAAUGAUUUGAUAUCCGUGAAAGGUUGUUGGGUGGGGAUGUGCAUGGACAUGAAAAUCCUUUUCUCUGGCGUAGACGUCGAACGUCUGAGACACCUGGAAACUUUGUCAUUAACCAAUCUUCCAUGGUUGGAUAGUGUGCCCAGCAACAUCUUCAAGAAUCUGAAAAAACUAAGCCUAGAUUGUUGCCCCAGCAUCAUAACACUUUUCCAUGCAUCCAAGCCUCACACCAGCUUCCUAGAAGUUCUGAAAAUAAAGUUUUGUGAUAAGCUGGAGAAAGUGUUUGAAGAAGAAGUCGAAUUGCCGGAUCUGCACACACUGUGCCUUUUUUAG